CAUGUGAAUUCAAGACAAUUGGUUGAAAUUAGUGACCAUAAAACAACGUUCUUUCUCUGCACUCAUCUUAUCUCAUCUUCAUUCCUCUCAUACAAAACAAACCAACUACUUACUCUCAUUUCCAAUUUACUACUGUUAACAAUGGCUGAUGCUGCUACUACUGCACUUGUCAAACUCAUAUUUGAAAAGCUUGCUGAUGAAGUCUUCAAGGAGUAUGCUCGUGCUCAGGGUAUUCACUCCGAGCUCGAGAAUUUGGGGAGAGAACUGUCCCUGAUCCAAGCUCUUCUUCAUGAUGCUUCUGAAAAGGAAGUAACUGAAAAAUCUGUUGGGCUAUGGCUCAGUAGUCUCCAGCAUUUGGCUUAUGACAUCGAAGACGUACUCGAUGAUGUGGCUACGGAAGCCAUGCGUCGUGAGCUGACCCAGGAAUCAGGAGCAAGCACAAGCAAGGUAAAAAAACUGAUUGUCCCAACUUGCUGCACAAAUUUCUCACUAAGUCAUAGGUUGUCUCCCAAGAUAGAUACUAUUACCAUCGAGUUACAACGACUAUAUAAAGCAAACGCUGAGCUAGGUUUGACGGUGAAAGAUGGAAAGGAGAGAGAUCCUAAUAGAGGAAACGAAACCUCUUUGCUAGAAUCUGAUGUUGUUGGGCGAGAAGGUGAGAAAAAGAGAUUGCUGAAGAAGUUGUUAGGGGGUGAUGGGUCAUCCAAGGAAAACUUUAGCAUAGUACCCAUAGUUGGUAUGGGUGGGGUUGGCAAGACCACUCUGGCUAGAAUGCUAUAUAACGAUACACAGGUGAAGGAUCACUUUCAACUCAAGGCGUGGGUUUGUGUUUCUGAUGAUUUUGAUGUCUUUAAGAUAAGCAAAACCAUUUUUCAAGAUGUGUCAAAGGAAAACAAGGAAUUUGAAAAUUUAAAUCAGCUUCAAGUUGCUCUUACAGAACAACUUAAAGACAAGCGAUUUUUACUAGUUCUUGAUGAUGUGUGGACCGAGAACUAUGACCAUUGGGAAAACCUAGCGCGACCAUUAAAAUCAGGGGCUCCUGGAAGUAGGGUAAUCAUGACAACUCGCAAGAAGGAAUUACUCAAAACGCUAGGUUUUGGUCAUCUAGACCUUCUGGAGAGUUUGUCCUCUGAAGAUGCUUUGUCUUUAUUUGCUUUGCAUGCAUUGGGUGUAGAUACAUUCGAUCCAUACCCAAACCUUAGGGAAAAGGGUGAAGCUAUUGUGAAAAAGUGUGGUACUUUGCCUUUGGCUUUAAAAUCAAUUGGAAGACUACUCAGAACAAAAACAACACCUGAAAAGUGGGACGACGUGUUAAGUAGUCAGUUAUGGGAUUCUAAAUAUGUUGGUGAUCUUCCUGAAGAUUGGAAGGUGAUUUUUCCGGCCCUUAUGCUAAGUUAUCAUGAUCUUUCUGCAAAUUUGAAGAGGUUGUUUGCAUAUUGCUCCUUGUUCCCUAAGGACUUCUUGUUUAACAAAGCGGACUUAGUCUUAUUGUGGAUGGGGGAAGGUUUUUUAAGUCAAUCAAAUGCAACCAAGUCACAAGAAGACUUUGGCAAAGAAGAUUUUGAAGCACUGUUAUCAAGGUCCUUUUUACAGCAUGCACCUAAUGACGAGUCUUUAUAUGUGAUGCACGACCUGAUGAAUGAUUUGGCCACAUUUGUUGCUGAAGAUUUUGUUUUAAGGUUUGAGAAUCAUACCAAGCUGGGGAAGGAAGCUUUGACGAAGUACCGUCAUAUGUCGUUCAUUCCUGAGCGAUAUGAAGCUUACCAGAAGUUUGAGCCUUUUAAAAGGGCAAGAAGUCUACGAACAUUGUUGGGAGUAUCUAUGGAUCAAAAUCGUAUAAGGUACUUUUCCAGUAAGAUUUUGGUUGACUUACUUCCUCAAUUACCACUAUUAAGGGUGCUUUCUUUGAGUGGCAUUGAGAUAAGUGAGGUACCAGAUUAUAUUGGUAGUUUGAAGCACUUGAGAUAUCUUAACUUAUCUCGAACUGACAUCAAAGAGUUACCAGAGAACAUUGGUAAUCUUUUUAAUCUACAGAUAUUGUUGGUUUGUGGAUGUUACAGAUUGACUAAGUUGCCUAAAAGCUUCUCAAAGCUCAGAAAGUUGCAGCAUUUUGACUUUAGAGGUACUUCGUAUCAUAUAAAGUUACCCUUGGGGAUUGGAGAGCUGACAAGCCUACAAACUCUCACCAAGAUUGUCAUUGGAGGAGAUGGUGGGUUUGCUAUAACGGAGCUUAAGGGAUUGAAUAAUCUCGGUGGGGAACUUUCCAUUGUAGGGUUGUGCAAAGUGCAAAGCGCAGUGGAUGCACAUGAGGCAAAAUUAUCUCUAAAAAAGCUUACUAAGUUAGAGCUGAAUUGGGGGGAUGGUUCUCAACAUGAAACACCUGAAAAGGAGGUUCUCGAAGAGCUGAAACCUGAUAGUGAAUGGUUGAAAGAGCUUGCAGUUAAGUCAUAUGGGGGAAUAGAGUUUCCAAAAUGGGUUGGGCAUCCUUCUUUUCACCGGCUGGUUCAUGUGUCGAUACACAAUUGUAAAAAUUGUACAUCUCUACCACAACUUGGGCAACUACCUUCACUUAAGGAGUUGUAUAUAAGUAGGAUGCCUAAUGUUGAAUUCAUAGGUUCGGAGUUAACUGGGACCAACCAGCUAACUGUUGCUGCCUUCCCUUCACUUGAAAUCCUAAGGUUUGAAAGUAUGCAUGGUUGGGAGGUAUGGUCAACCAAUAAUGAGGUUUCUGAUGCAGUGUUUCCUUGCCUUCGGGAGCUUCAGAUAGUAGACUCCCCCAAAUUGAUUGAAGUCUCAUUAAAAACACUACUUUCAGCGCUUCCAUGUCUUAGAAAACUUCUUAUAGUAAAUUGUCCCAAAAUGAUUGAAUUCUCACCUGAAGCAUUACCCGCACUUGAAUUUUUACAUUUUGAAGAUAUGUUUGGAUGGAAGAUAUGGUCUACCAAUGAUGCAGUUUUUCCUUGCCUUCGUAAGCUUCAUAUAAACAAUUGUCCUGAAUUGGUUGAUGUCUCAGCUGAAGCACUACCUUUGCUAAGAGUGUUAAAAAUUGAUGGCUGUGGCGAUGGUGUGUUGAGAAGUCUGGUUCAGGCAGCUUCAUCAAUUACUAAGUUGAAAAUGAGUUCUAUUUCAGGGCUUACUUAUGAGGUGUGGAAAGGUGUUAUAGAACAUAUUGGGGCAGUUGAAGAAGUAAGAAUUGAGAAGUGUAAUGAAAUAAGAUACUUGUGGGAAUCAGAAGAAGAGGCGAGUAAGGUUCUUGUGAAUAUAAAGAAACUGACAGUAUCUGAAUGUUCAAAUUUGGUGAGUUUAGGAGAGAAAGAAGAAAAGGAUAAUUUUGGGAGCAACCUCCUGUCAUCUCUUAGGAUUUUGGAGGUAAGAGACUGUGACAACAUGGAGCGUUGUUGUUGUCCAAAUAACAUUGAAAGUUUGGAUAUCAGUGAUUGUAGUUCACUUACACAUGUCUCCUUCCCAACAGCAGCAGCAGGAGGAGGUCAGAAACUCAAGUCAAUUGAUAUAUGGGGUUGUGAGAAACUAAUGGAAAAGAUUAGUAGCGCAAGCAUGCCCAUGCUUGAAAGCAUAAAUAUAAGUGACUGGACCAAUUUGAAAUCAAUCAUGCAAUUGGGUAACUUCAUUUACCUCACUAGUUUGAUUAUAAAAGAAUGUAACAGCAUGGAGUCAUUGUCUGCCCUUCAAAUGAAGAAUCUCAGCUCAUUAAAAGUUUUGGAAAUCACAAAUUGUAGAGGUAUUGAUCCUUCCUGUCAUGGUGGGGUUUGGCCUCCCAAUUUGUGUUGCCUUCGUAUAGGGGGGUUGAAGAAGCCCAUGUCAGAGUGGGGCCCUCAGAAUUUUCCAUCUUCCCUUGUUCAGCUAUGGUUAUUUGGUGAACCCGAUGUGAGGAAUUUUAGACAAUUAUCCCACAUAUUCCCCUCUUCUCUUACUCAUCUUUGGAUAGAAAGAUUUGGUAAACUGGAAUCACUUUCAAUGGGACUCCAACACCUCACCUCCCUCCAACAUCUCACCAUUGAGCAGUGCCCGAAGUUGAAACAUCUGCCAAAACAGCUACUACCGUCACUUUUGAGUUUGAAGAUCGAAGAAUGCUCAGAUCUGAGAAAAAGGUGUGAAGGAAGAGGAUCCCACUACUAUCCCCUCAUCUCUCAUAUCCCCAAAAUCGAAAUAGACUCCGGGUACUUUUUUAUUAUAUAA